UUUGUGCGUUGAAGAUGCUGUGAAAUAAAAACUGUUUUGAUACGUGUUUUGUAAGCAAACGUCGCGUUUCGGAAUGGUGCUUGUGCUGCCGGCGGCGGGCCGGGGAGGGCUGACAGCGCGGCCCGCGCCGCUUCUGAGGGAGCACAGCGCCGCCUGUGACGUCAUGACGCCACGCCGGAAGUCCUCCCCCGCCCGCGCUCUCAUUUCCGCUUCCGGUGAGCAGCUCUUCCUUUCCGCCGCGAUCUCAGCGCUCCGUGCCCGGCCUGAUCCGCACACGAUGCAGAACGACGCCGGCGAGUUCGUGGACCUCUACGUGCCUCGGAAAUGUGUCUGAGCCUCAUGUUGUCCCUGUGAACUUGUGCAGCUAUUGUCUUCAUGUAAGUCUAGCUUUGACAAUCUAUUUAAGUAUACCUCAUUAUUUACU